CCGGCGGAAUCCAACGCAUCGUCGCACCACGUCGACGGCCGGGAUGCAUCCGCUCCCGCCACCACCUGUGUCGAGGACCAGAGGAAUAAGAAGCGGCGCAUUGGCGCGGGCUCGAGGGGUGUAGCGAAUCUCACACCCGAGCAGCUGGCCAAGAAGCGAGCCAAUGACCGAGAAGCACAACGAGCUAUCCGCGAGCGCACCAAGAACCAAAUCGAGACGCUGGAGCAGCGCAUCCGCGAGCUGACUUCGCAAAAGCCCUACCAGGACCUCCAGUCCGUCAUACGAGCCAAGGAGGCGGUUGAAGCUGAGAAUGCCGACAUCAGGAGCAGGCUAGCCUCGGUCAUAGCCUUAAUCCAGCCUUUACUAUCAGGGCUCUGCACAGCCUCGCCUCCCCAACCAAAAAAAAAAGAAGAAGAAGAAGAACAAGUGCACGCUAUCCCCUCCGUUGACAAUGUCUCCACGCCAUCAUGUGUUGCUUCUCCCGCUGCAUCUGCAUCUGCCGAUCCGGCAUGGCAUCAGGGCGGCCUACACAGCGCAUCGAGCUCGAUACAUGCUAGCCCGAGCUUGAACCAGGUCCAGAUUAUCAAUCAGCUUCGAUCAGACCAAGUACACAACCUAGACUUCGGCUCCGGCGAACACCUCAAACUCGGCUUCCUACUUGACCCUUUGUCUGCCCAGCGAGUGAACCGCAUGCAGACGGGCGGCAACGGGGCCCAAGACCCCGCCAACUACCAACAUCUCCCCACGAGGCACAACUGGAACGGCGUCUCCUUCCCCUCCACCCGUCCCGGGGCCCUCGAAUCCUCCUCCGUCUCCGACGGCAUCGGUAGCCACCUCGCCCCCCUGAAGAACUGCGCGCCCACCUGUACCCUCGACAAUAUCCUCCUCGAGUUCCUUUCAGAACGCCGCCAACGCGCCGCCGAAGGCAUCCCCACGCAAGAAAUCGUUGGCCCGCGCUACCCCUCCGUCUCGUCGCUCCUCAACCCGGCCAACAGCGCCUUCUCCCACCCUUUAUCCAAGAUCUUCACGGACAUCCUGGUCACCUUUCCAGGCAUCUGCACGCUGCCCGAGAAGAUUGCCGUCUUGUACAUCAUGUUCCUCAUCAUGCGGUGGCAAAUCUCUCCCACGCAGGAGAACUACAAUCUGCUUCCCCCGUGGGUGCAACCGCGACCCGUGCAGUUCUACACCUCGCAUCCAGCGUGGAUCGACCAUUUGCCCUUCCCCCGCAUGCGCGAGAAGAUUGCUACGGGGUAUAAUCCCAAGGAGUACCUGUUUGAGAACUUCUUCAUUCCGUUCACGAGCACGAUUUGUCUGAAUUGGCCGUAUGAGCCUACGGAUACAUUGUUGCAAAUUCCUGACGGGGAUGAGUUAAUCAUAAAUCCCGUGUUUGAAAGACAUCUGAGGAGGUUGGAGAACUGGACGUUGGGCGAGGCGUUUCAUCAAAUGUUUCCCCAGCUGAAGGGGACGUAUAACUUGAAG